UGUGUUUUUAUGUUGUUUGUUUUUGCACAGAACAUGGCAAGACCUUUUUUCCAAUUUAUAGACUAAUGCUGUUUUAAUGUUGAUUUAACAGUGUAAACUUCUGCUUAUUCUUCAGUCAGCAUGCAUGUUACUUUGCAUAAAGAAGGAACGUGCAGUCACACGUCGCCUGUCCCAUUGGCUCACGGCACUGUCACCUGCUGCUUGGGGUACAGCCCAAUUCCACUACCAAUGAGUACGGGUUUCGGUUUGAUUGUGUCGCGACUGACAGGAGAGGUUUUGGCUCCUACAUUUCAUUUAACUCUUUUAGAAUGGCGCUGUUGUUGGAUAAUCAGUUUUCCCCGCUUCCCAAUACAAGCGAAGUUGCUACAAAACCUUUUUUGGAUUCGGUAUGUCAUCUUCCGCCUUUCUUUGAUUGUCUAGGUUCCAAGGUUUUUGCUCCUAUCAAAGCUGACAUAAGUGGAAACAUCACAAAAAUCAAAGCUGUUUAUGACUCAGACCCAGCAAAGUAUGAGACCCUACAAAAGAUUCUGGAAGCUGAGAGAAGUGUCUAUGGGUCGAAUUGGCCUAAAGCUGGAGCCACGUUGGCUCUCAUGUGGUUAAAGAGAGGCUUACGCUUUGUGCAGAUCAUGCUACAGAGUCUGGCUGAUGGGGACAGGGACGAGAACAACCCUAACCUCAUCCGCGUCAACAUUACCAAAGCCUAUGACGGAGCGCUCAGGAGGUACCACGGCUGGAUAGUCCAGAAAGUCUUCAAGGCUGCUCUUCUCGCUGCACCAUACAGAUCAGACUUCCUGAAGGCCUUAUCCAAAGGUCAGGCAGUCACAGAGGAAGAAUGCCUAGCAAAGGUGCGGCAGUUCUUGGUGAAUUUCAGCGUCACUGUGGAUGCCAUCUAUGAGAUGUACACGACGAUGAACGCUGAGCUGGACUACACAGUGUGAACUUCUGUGUUGUGUGCGGUGUUGGGUUGAGCUCAGCUGCGCUUUUCUCAGGUCAGAUGGCAUUCUUCUAGAGUAAUCCAUGCCCCUCCACGUCAUGCUUCAUUAGGGCUUUUCACAAACCUGAAGAACCUGGUCCUUCUCACUCAUCACCUUUUGUAAGGACUUGGAUGCCUGUGGCCACCCAUGUUAGGGGAGUUCCUAUGGGAGCAAGACUUUACCAGCGGCUGCAUCAUGUUACUUAGCCAGGAGAACUUCUUACUUUCCCUACAAGAGCUUUUGAUUUGUUUGAUUUGCUUUCUUUUUUUUUUACAUUGGCUCUUGGAAUCGGUAUAUUACAAUACAAUAGAAAUGCAAUGGAAAAAAACUACCAUCCAGCAGAGUUUAGUCUAGUACCUACUGUAACGCAACAGGCUGUCUUCAUUCUCUGUAAAUCAGUGUGUUGGACUAGCGCUAGGACUGAAAUUUCCAGCAGUUCUCCUUGGGUUGGUCAGCCCAUACAAAUAUGUCGCUAUUUUACAAGAAAGACCCCAUAGCCCCUUAAAGAGGUCAUUGCUUUACAUUUAGCUCACACUGUUGCAAGCAGGAUUUCUCAUGGGAAUGCAUGAAGAAGUGCCUCACCACAGUCAAUGACUUCUUACUGUGUCUGUAGAAAUAUCAUUGAACAAUUGAGACCAGCUCUUGCUGGUACCUUUUCAUACAAUGGUACUUGCAGGCUGAGUCAGUGUUGGUGACUAGCUGACCAAUAUUAGUCACUUGCAAACAAACACUCAGGGUGAACAGCCUGAAAUACUGGAUAUAUUAUGCAACAGUGGAAGUAAUGAGAACUAUUAUGUAGAACUAAUGUAGAUGUUUGUGUUUUGAAUAUCUAACUGAUAAAUACUCUUACAGUUAUAAGGUUUAUAUGGUGGAGCAUUUUCAAUUUGGUGUUCCCAGAACAAUUUUCACAGAACGCCUUUUUAAAAUCUGUUUGUAUUUACUUAAAUUAAGAAUCCCAACCUUAUUAUUCACUCAAACAUGGUGAAAUCUCAUCAUGAAAUGUACAUUUUAUUUGUGUGUGUGUGUGUGUGUGUGUGUGUGUUUUUCUGGCAACUAUUUCUGACAAGUUCUUUGUUGCCAUAUUGAUGUACUGAGAGUGAGAUACUGGCAUUAAAAUGAGGGCAUCUGCAAU